UGCAAAUGUUGUAGCCUUGGCCUUGGUCAUGGGUUAUUGUGCUUUUUUGUAUGGGCUUCAGACUCUGGGGUUUUUCACAAAACAAACUUUCUGUGGGGUUUUUUGAAAUAUGUUUUAGUUUGUGUUUUGUUGCCCAAACAAUUUCUAUUAGGUACCUAUGAAGUUUGAUGAGAGAUUGUUUGAUUUAAGUGGUUUAAAUUGGUUGAUUUAAAUGGUAAUUGAAUUAUGGUUGUUUUAUAUGGUACCUAAUUAAUACCAUGGUAAAGGACGAGGUACUUUUAAUCGAUGACUUUGUCACCGAAGAUAGUAUUUACUUUUUAGAGCCUGAAGAUGUGGAAAAGGAAAAGCAAACGCUUUUAGAUUCUCGAAUUACCUUUGAAAAAUUACAAAGUUCUGUUGAAAAUAAUAAUGGAGAUCUUGGAAACAAUUGUCGCAUUGAAACUGAUACAGGUGUUGAUGAUAGUGUCGAUGACGAGAAUUCAUCAACAUCUGAAAACGAUGAAAAAACCAAUGGGAAUUCAAAAAGUAAAGUAAAAAAUCAUGAAGUUAGAAGAUCCACAAGAAGUAGAAGAAAAAUCGUCCCAAUAGUUGAUGAAAGUAGCAAUGAAGAAAGUGACUUUUCUGCUGAUGAUGAUUCAUCAUACACUCCUGAAGAUGAAGAAGUUAAAGGAAACAAAUAUAAUCGAGGAAUUAAAUCAAGAUCUGAAAUCGAGGACAGCGAUGAAGAAAGUGACAGUUCGGAUAAUGGAGACGAAUGUGAAGAUUCCUCGUGCCAUGAAAAAGAAGAUGAUGAUGAAACGAAAAUCGAAGUGGAAUACCAUGGCGUUAAUUGUGAGAGUAUUGCAAAAGAAUCAGGAUCUGAAAUCAAGGAUAGCGAUAAAGAAAGUGAAAAUUCCGAUCAUAGAGAUAAAUAUAAAGAACCCAUGUGCGGUGUUAAGGAAGAAGGGGAAGAUGUUGACUUUUCUGAAGAAGAAAAAGAAGAUGGCACUUUUGAAACGAAAAUCGAAGUUGAAUACCACGGGGUAAAUUAUGAUUCGGGAAAAUCAAUAGCAAGAGAAAUCUACAAAUGCCCGCACUGCCCGAAAUCUUUCACAUUUCGUAGUGGAUUUCGUAGGCACGUUAAAAACCUGCACGGCAAUCCCUUGGAAAGAGAAAAAUUCAAAUGCCCCCUUUGCGAAAAAAAAUUUUUCUACAAGCACGGCAUGAAAAAACAUCUAAAAAACGUACACAAGCUGCAGAGCGAUAAAUACGACUGUCCACUUUGCGACGAAAUAUUCUCGACUAGGCAAGGGAAAGUCGCCCACUUUAAAAAAAUACACGGCGAGGCCACUUACAAAUGCCCGCAUUGCUCAAAAGAUUUCCCGAGAAGUGGAGCUUUAAUUCGGCACGUUAAAAUCUUACACGGAGAUCCCUUGCAAACAAAAAAAUACAAAUGUCCGCAAUGUCCAAAAGCGUACCCCAGAAGAUACGGUUUAACAAGACACAUGCAAAGCCAUUACGGCGAUGCACAAGUUAAAUUAAAAUGCCCGCAUUGCCCAAAAGAAUUUGCAUCAAGUGCUUCUGUAAAAAGUCACGUUAAAAUUCAACACGGCGAUCCUUCGAAAAGAGUUAAAUACUGCCUAAAAACUUUAACAAAAAGUAGUCAUUUAAUUCGGCACGUUAAAAACCAACACGGCGAUCCGUUGCAAAGAAAAAAAUUCAAAUGCCCGCAUUGCGAAAAAAAACUAUUUCACAAAAACGGCAUCAUAGAGCAUAUCAAAGUAAAACACAGCGGUUACAAACACAGUUGUCCGCAUUGCCCGAAAGCUUUCUCAUUCAUACUUAAUUUAAAAGAACACAUUCACUCCACCCACGGCGAUCCCUCUCAAAGAAAAAAAUACGAAUGCCCGCAAUGCGACACGACGUUUACCAAUCUAACUAGUAAGAACAGGCACAUUAAAAUUCAGCACUCGGUGUGCGUUAAACACCGUUGUCCACAUUGCCAAAAAGAGUUCAAAAGAAGGGAUCAGAUAAAACACCACGUUAAGACCGUGCAUGGCGAUAGCUCGCAAAAAAAAAUUGUUCGAAUGUCCGCAUUGCGACAAAGCUGUCACAAGCAGUAGUUCUUUUUAUUACCACAUUGAAAGCAAACACGGCGAUCCCUUGCAAAGGAAUAAACACAAAUGUCCACAAUGCGACAAAGCGUUUUACAAUAGAAAUAGUAGGUACAGACACGUAAAAAGUCACCACUCGGCGGUUAAAUACCGUUGUCCUCAUUGCCCGAAAGAGUUCAAUAGAAGAGAUUGCGUAAAAUCUCACGUGAAACACAAACACGGCGUUCAAAGAAAAAAAUUCAAAUGUUCGCUUUGCGACGAAAUAUUCUCGACUAAGGAAAGUAGAGUCGCGCACAUUGAAAAUAAACACGGCGACCAUCGUUACAAAUGCCCGCAUUGCCCGAAAGAUUUCACACAAAGUGGAAGCGUGAAAUCUCAUGUUAAAAACAAACAUGGCGAUCCCUCGGAAAAGAAAACGUUCGAAUGCCCACGUUGCGACAAGAACUUUACCGAUAAGAGCAACCUAGAUAGGCAUUUAAAGACGGCACACAAGCUAGAAAGCAAUAAAUACAAAUGUCGGCUUUGCGACCAACUAUUCUCAACCAUACAAGAGAGAAUCGCACACAUUCAAAAUAAACACGGCGGCUUUCGUUACAGAUGCCCGCAUUGCCCAAAAGAGUUCAAAAACAGUGGAAAUAUUAAAAAACAUGUUAAAAACCAACAUGGCGAUCUCUUAUAAAAUGAAACAACGCGGUAUAAGCUCAGAUCGUCCUUUGUUUUGUACGUGUUCCACUACACAAAGUUGCCCGACGCUGUCUGUCGGUAUUUGAUGUUGGUGGAACGCACUCAAAACAAAACACCUUGGCAAGGUGUAGGUUCAAUUCUUUCACACAAAAGACUUACUUACAAUAUAUCUAAAUAAGUUAAAAAUAAAAAUUAUGUAUUAACCCUGGACUUUUAUUUCUACCAACCUAUUCUUCGGAUAUCUACGAUUAAAACAGAAUAAAACAUG